AUGCACUCUCUCACGGAUCCAUCCACAUCGACGUCGACCUCGUCAGACAAUCCUUCACGCUGUCCCUCUCCCUCGAGACGACGUCGGCGGCGCGUCUCUCGCACUGCCCCAGCAUACCUCUCUCUCUCGUCAUCGUCCUCCGUGCCCUUCUCAGUUUCACGCCAAACUCCACGCUUCUCGACAGCAUACCUAUCUCGCCUGUCCUCAUCCUCACUUCUCAUUCUCACCUGUGUUCUCGUCAUACUACUACCGCUAGUCAGUGCCGCACCGCCAUGUGUGCGAUUCGCAGAUUACGACUCCAUCAAUCAGAUGUUCAUUGAUGGUGGACCAGGGGCGAAAGUUUUCCUAUGUCCAAAUAAACUAUAUCGAUUAUCUGGAAGUAUAGUAUUCACUGCUGCCGAUCAAGAAUUAGCCACAUUUGGGUAUCCGACAGGAUCCGAACGGGCGACAUUGCGAGUAGAAGGUAAACAGACAGCCACCGCCAUUCAAGGAGAUUGUAGAAGAUGUGCUAGGGUAGGAAUCAAAAGUUUGAUCAUAGAUGGAAAUCGAAAGAAAUUGGGUCGAAUGAAAAAUACAGAUGAUUCAACUGGGUUAAUCGUUCUAGGUGGUAAUGAAGGACAAUCGAUCAAGAACUGUUGGAUCAAGAAUCCAAGAGGAUUUACAGGAAUUCAUAUUAGAGAAGGAGAUAAAUUACAAUGCACAGGAGCGAGAAUUGAUAAAAAUGAAAUUGGACCUAUUGGAGAAGAAUACGAUCCCGAUCCAACAAAAGAUGGAGAUGAUCCAGAACUAUCCCCAUUAGGUAGACCUUUAGCAGAUGGAAUUUCAAUCGCCUGUAAAGAUUCCUUCGUUCGUGAUAACAUUUUUUACGAUAAUACGGAUGCCUCAAUCGUGAUCUAUUGUUCACCUGGUACUUUGAUCCUGGCUAAUCAUAUAACGGCAAGAACAGUUUCCGCGAUGGCAGGUAUAUUAUUAGUUGAUUCAUUGCCUUUUCAAGGUGAUUAUUCAGGUGUCAUAGUCAAACAAAAUAUAAUAGAUGCCGCAAGUAGAUCAAUCAGAGUUGGGAUUGGAAUAGGUGCAACAGUUUGGUCAGAUGAUACUGAAACUAUAUUAAAAGGUGGUACCGUUAUCAAUAAUGGAAUCAAAGGUAAAUAUAUGGGUUUCGGUAUAGCUGCUGCCGGUUUGGAAAAUUGGAAGAUUAAAGGUAAUUGGGAUGAAGCUGUUCAUCAAGGUAAAAAAUCACAGAGAUGUUUCGAUGAUCCUAUAAAUCCAGAUCCAAUGCCUUAUUUGUAUAAUUUAGAAACCAUAAAAGACUGUGAGAUUCAAGACGGUUUCCAAGAUCACGAUUUUCAAUAUGUCGUUUGUAUAGAUGGAUUAUACGAUUCAUCUAAUCCACCUAAACAUGAUUUACCACCCCUUCCACAUGAUUUAGGUGGACUUGGAUCUGGAAACGAUUUGGAACCUGUUCCUCCAGGUCAAAACCCGCCUCAACAACCUACGACAAAUGAAGCUGAAGAAUCAGAUUCAGAAUCGGAUGCGGAUAUAGAAGGAGGAGCCUCAACACCUGAUACCGAAACUUCUCCUGUAGGAUUUUCGACUGGAUCGGAAGUGAUGGAUGAUAUUCUUGAACAUUCACAACAGAGGAUGUUGGAGGCUAUUGAUCAUCUUCAUCGAAGAGUUGAUAUAUUAGCUGUGAAUGUCAAAGUGGAUGACAAGAAGAAAAGGAAAGAUAAAGGGACUGUGGGAGAAACGAUCGAUCCUGCUAUCUCUACUCACCUGGAAAAGCUACAAAGAAGAGUGGAACAUUUGGAAACUUCGCAAAAGACAUUAGUGGAAUCAGCCGUUGCGAUGAGAUCUUCCAUUCAAUCAUGGGAUCAAGAAAUGGCUACUAUCGGGGAAUGGCAAUAUGACAUCUUACUGGAUGUACGGCAUAAGCUGGAACUGCAAUUACAACAUCAACACCCUGAUUCAGAUUCUGAUUCUGAUUCUGAUUUCGAUGGUCGAAAUACGAAAUACAAUGAGGACGAUGAUGAUCAAGAUGAUCUUGAGAGUGAUUACGAUAUGAUAGAACGAAUCAAUUCACCAAGAGCUGGACCAGGAUCAGGAUCAGGAUCAGGAUCAGGGGCAAGGAGAAUCGACAUCAACGAUCAUUCACAUCCAUCGAUUCAAAGAGACGAGAUAAGAGAUUUAUCAAACAAGAAAAGAUUGAAAGAUGUUUCAAGUUCAAAUGGAGGUGAAAAAAAUAGUGCCAGUCGGAAUUGGUGGUUCAAGUUAAUUUUGAUUCAGGUAUCAGUCAUGAUAUCCAUUUGGAUAAGUAGAAAUUGGUGGUUGAAGAGGAAAAGACACAGUAAGAUAUUAUAG